CUACAGGAUUCCUUGUCUCUCUUUCAGGAAAUAGUAUAGAGCUAACCGGUGCAGUAAUUUUAUUAAUUUAAACUUCUCAGACUGUUGCUCAUAAUCAUGUUACACUCUAUAGCUUGAGGAAUUAUCUUUAUUAAUCAUCAUAAUGCUUCCUAGUUCUGUCAGUAGUAGUCUUCUUCAAAUGCAGCUGGAAAAACCUCUCUGUGUACAAGUACAGAGGAACAGUAAUCUGGUGUAAUGUGAUCCCUCUGACUCUAAAAGGUGUACAGGAAUCGAUCAUCGAUUACUAAUUGAAUUACUACCACUUCAAUCAAGAUGCCACCAGCAAUUGGAGGCCCCGUGGGAUACACACCACCAGAAGGAGGGUGGGGCUGGGCUGUAGUUGUUGGUGCCUUUAUCUCUAUUGGCUUUUCCUAUGCAUUCCCAAAAUCCAUUACAGUAUUCUUUAAAGAGAUAGAAGUAAUCUUUGAUGCAUCUAGCAGUAAAGUGUCCUGGAUCUCUUCCAUUAUGCUGGCAGUUAUGUAUGCUGGAGGUCCCAUCAGCAGCAUCCUGGUGAACAAAUAUGGCAGUCGGCCAGUCAUGAUGGCAGGGGGCUGCCUGUCGGGAUGUGGUUUGAUUGCAGCUUCUUUCUGUAAUACUGUGGAAGAGCUUUACUUUUGUGUUGGGGUUGUGGGAGGUCUUGGACUUGCAUUUAAUUUAAACCCAGCUUUGACCAUGAUUGGCAAAUAUUUCUACAAAAAGCGUCCAUUGGCUAAUGGACUAGCUAUGGCAGGGAGCCCUGUGUUCUUGUCUACACUGGCUCCCCUGAACCAAUAUUUCUACAGCAUUUUUGGGUGGAGAGGGAGCUUCUUAAUCCUUGGUGGCCUCCUGUUGAACUGUUGUGUUGCUGGGUCUCUGAUGAGACCAAUUGGUCCCAAGCCAGAGCAGCAGAAGAAAGAUGUUAAUAAGGAAGCGUUGCAGGAGGCUGGCAAAGUGAAAAGAGAAGAAGGAGCAGGAGAUGUCAGUGUAGACCUUAUUGCUGGGAAGACUAAAAAGCAGAAAAGCACAGCCUUCCAGACUAUUAACAAAUUUUUGGAUAUUUCUCUUUUUACACAUCGUGGCUUCUUACUCUACCUGUUUGGCAAUGUAGUCAUGUUUUUUGGACUAUUUACUCCUUUAGUUUUUCUCAGUAAUUAUGGAAAGAGUAUGCAUUUCUCUAAAGAAUCUUCUGCCUUCUUGCUAUCCAUCCUGGCCUUUGUAGACAUGGUUGCCAGGCCGUCCAUGGGCUUGGUAGCAAACACCAAGUGGGUGAGGCCCAGGAUCCAGUAUUUCUUUGCUGUGUCUGUGGUCUAUAAUGGAGUGUGCCACCUUAUGGCCCCUUUAUCCACCACCUAUGCCGGCUUUUGCAUCUAUGCUGGCUUCUUUGGAUUUGCUUUUGGCUGGCUCAGCUCCGUCUUGUUCGAAACACUGAUGGAUUUAGUUGGGACUCAACGGUUCUCCAGUGCUGUUGGAUUGGUGACUAUUGUGGAAUGUUGCCCUGUGCUUUUGGGACCACCUCUCCUAGGUAAACUGAAUGACAUCUAUGACGAUUACAAGUAUACCUACUGGGCAUGUGGCAUCAUCCUGAUUGUCUCUGGGAUCUUCCUUUUUAUUGGGAUGGGAAUCAAUUACCGGCUGUUGGCAAAGGAACAGAAGGCUGAGGAUAAGCAGAAGCCUGAAGGGAAAGAGGAGGAAACUAACAUUGACGAGGCUGAAAAGCAAAAGGAUCCAAGUAAUGAUGUGGCUAAUCUGUCCCAGAAAACUGCAGAAGAUGGUAUAAAAGAGGAAGAUAGCCGCAUGUGAGGGACUGGUAUCUUAAAUCCAGGAGGUUAUGUUAAAAAGUUAUCAACGUGGGUGGGGGAAGCACUGCUGGUGGUGAACAGUGGUGAGAAGUAUAAAUCAGGUGAUAUAUUUUUUAAAAAAGAACAGCUGCAAAUUGUCUUUUUAUCAGCAUUUGACAGGAGUAACAGAGCUCAGUGGGCCGUGCCAUCUUUUUAUUGGGGGUUGGUGGGGAGGGAGGGAAUUUUUUGUACUCUGGCUUUUUUUUUUAACAACAGUAAUGUGAAUGUACUAAUAUGUGCCUUAGAGCUUCCACAUUUAGGCUAUUCUGGCAAAGCCUUAAUUCCGUUUUACAUUCUGUUCUUACUGUAGACUUGUAGUCUGAUAGGGCUAUAUCUGUAAAGGAUAUCUGACUUUUUUAUUCAGUAGGUUUCAAAGUUGAGUGUUAAAUGAACACUGCUUCACAUGCUUCUAAAUUCUGUUGCUGACAGACUUGUGAUAGAAAUACAAAUAUCUGUCGGACACAGCUGAGGAAAAAGUUGGUGGAUCUUUAAUAAAUAGUAUUGCAGUCCUAAUGUUUUGGAUGCCAGCUGUUGAAAACUUUUUCUAAUUGUUGCAGGGUUGGUUUGUUUAAAUCCCUUGGUUAAAUUUGAGGUCUCAAAAUUGAAUAAAAUAUGCAGAGACAUUUUCAUACUGUCUUCACUUGACUUACUAUUGAGUUGAGCCUACAUUUUAAUCAUUAUUUUUCUGAUUGUCAUCUGCCGAAGGUCUAUCUUGAGAGAAUGUAUUAUGAAAUGAAACAGGCAUCAGUGCAAGAGUGUGAGCUGAUUACAGAAUGCAUGUCAUUACUAUAAUUGAGAUAAUAUAAAUGUAUACCUUUUUCAUUAUCUGUUUGACUCAUUCUGUGCAUUGGAACAGGAAAGAUUAAGGAUGUCAUCGUAAGCAUGCUAUCUUGGAAAUAGGACUCAGUGAAAUAAAUGCAUCUUAGAAGUGGGUAAGCGUAUUUAAGAUCAGACUUGUGGUCUUCAUCAUUGCCAAUGACUGCAUCUUACCAACUUCACUGCUUCCAAAGGGAUGCAUUUUCAUAUUCACGUUCCUCUCAGUAUUGAUCUGUCUAAGGGGGAAAAAAUCUAGCGCCUUGCUUGGAGAAAAUGGUGCCCAGAGAGCACCGUCUUAUCAUUAGCUACACUGCCAGAGCAGUUACCUCUUUCUAACUAUGCUUAGAUAGAUUUGUUGAACAGCAGCAUGUAUACGCUAAACUGAAUCAGACAGAUAUAUUACUUGUUUUCAGUUCCUAAUGUUUUCCAUUUUUGCCCUCAUUUCAAAUGAGCUUAGGAUUUAAAAUGAUAUGUAGGGUGCUCAGCUGCAAAACACUUUGUCAGGUAAUCCUUUGUAUGUAUGUAUUUAUUUUUUAUUAGUAUUGGUGAAAAUCAUACUUUACAUCUGAGGAUAAGGAGAGAACAGUUUUCUGGUCACAGGCCAAAUCUACUGAAGCCUAAUCAAUAUUUCUGUAAGACGUUGACUUUUUCAAAUAAACUCUUUUGUAUAACACAUCCACCAAAUGCUGAUGGCCUUUUUCCUACUUAACUAUUUAUAUAGCACUUAACUUUUCACAGCCACAUUCCAAAGUGCAUGAGUACAUUGACAUGUAUCUCAUGGGUCUUGCAAGGAGGUAGAUACAAAGUUAUGUUCCAGGAAGAUGUGACGUCAUGAGUAAUUUAAUCCUAUGAAAGUUAGGCUGCAAAGAGAAUAAUUUGACAGAAAAACAAUUCCAGGUCUCCUCUUGGAAUGUACCUGAUGCUCACUUGUGUGAAUGGUGUAUGUUGAUGUGACUGCUGAUGUGCCUUGCUUGCAUACUACCUUUAAGAGGGUUAACUGUUUAAAAUUCAGACACGCUUAUGCCAAAACCAGACAUUAUGGAGGAUGUAUAGCUAAUGCUGAAAACUGAAUCUCAAUAUCUCCUCCUCUAGUAAAAUCUAGUAACACAAAAUCCAUGAUGUGAUGUCAUUGUGCUUCCAGUUACCCCACACUGUUCCAUUUCAUUGGUUAUUGUUUGCAGUAGUCAAGAAACAUAUAGCACAAUGACAUAGUAUUGUGUGAUUUGAAGUACUAGAUGAAGAGAAGAUGUACUGUUUUUACUGGGAGCUCUGUAAUGUCUAGUUCUGGCAAUGUAUAAAGCAAGUAACAUGUUGUCGUAUUUAAUUUGUCUAUUUGGGAUAUGGAAAAAUUAAAACUUUUUCAAGGUUUGGAGCAUGUUUUGGGAAUCUGGACCUGGCCUGAUAUGGGUCAAAUUGUGCAGUGGUGUUUUGUAAUUGACUUUUAUUUCCCUACAAACUGCUGUUCCAUUCUAGACAGUGGCUGCUGAAAUGCUAAUAAAUUUUCUUAAUAUUCCUAAGAUUUUCUUUGGCCUGAUAAUUUAGAGAAGAUGGUUCUUAAACAAAGGCUUAAACACUGAUUGUUCCAGUUCUCUUGGUUUCCCUCUCUCAGGUAGUGGCUGACAUCUGCACAGGAACUUCCUGUGUGUUUAGCACUUUAGCAGUAUGUCAGGAACACAGGAUGUUCCUUUGUAGGGACCAUUUUGUUCCAGGUAAAAGUAGGUUCAUUGUGAUUCAACAUUUUCUCAUGCCAUCAUUUCCAUUCCCCUUUGCAGAUUAUAGUGUGGGGAUCUUGAGAGAACCUAGAGGAAUAGCACAGGCUUGUGUGUGUUCUGCAAGGAGAUAGCAACAGGAAUUAUCCCUGUAGCAUGUAAGAUAUGUUGUGAUCUCAUGAGCCAUUCACUCUAUGGAAGCUAGUAGGUUAUAGGAAAAUAAUGGAUAGAAAUACAAUUACAAAUAUUUAGCAGUAGGAGUGUGUCCUUGGUAUUUUGCUGUUACGAAUGUCGAAGUAAGUAAUGGCUAAUAAAACUUAUUGUCUUAUUAAGAACGCUUCACUCCCCACAAAAGUCCCAUACAACAUAUUUAAAAAAUUAAUUGUAACAUGAUGAUCUGGCCUCCCCCCUCCCCCUGCCACUGAAAAGAUUAUGUUUAUUUUAAAGGAUCGGAAUUCAGUAAGUUUAAACUACUGAUCUUCCUUUGCUGUGUAACCUUGACAUUUUUAAUAGAAGUAAAAUGGCCAUAUCUGAGCCCAUACUGAAGAGAGAAUUCCAACAGUUUCCUGGAAAUUCCGUCUACUUGCUUACAGUGCUGUGCAAAUGAUAGUGCUGAUAAUUGGUCCAGACUUAAGGUUUAUAAAUAAAGCUGAACAAAUUUGAUUUUGCAGUUGCUGUUCCUCCACCCCAAAUACUUAGAUUCUGACAAAUGACUUUUCCUUUGUUAAAGAAGUUUCUGGAAGUCCCUUGACAGUAUUAAACAAUGCACUGUGAAAUCCUCUGUUCUGUUGUCUUGGCUGCUGAAUUUGCUAUUGGUUUGUUUUUGUUUUAAUUUUGCAAUUUCAUUUUGCUCUAAAUUGUACAAAAAAGGAAAAGGUCAGGGUAUUUUCAUACUUUAGAGUAAGUUUAUAAAGCCAAUAGAGUAUUUUGUAUAAACAGAUUUUAUUGUACUGUAUUGAGCUGUGACAGUGUAAAACCAAGUUGUUAUAUGUUCAUGUGUCAAGAGUUCAUAAUAACUGGUUCGCAUUGCAAUAAACUAACCUCGAAAAGCU